GAGUUCAGUGUGUAGCAGGUUCUAGUGUAUCAGCAUGAAGCAAACUAUGUGGCUGCUGGGUGUCCUGUGUCUGCAGGUCUGUCUGCUCUCCACCACAGCCUUUUCUGACCAGACAGAUGAACAGCAGCCUUACAAACCAACCAAGCCAUGGACCUCUGCCAUUCAGGACCUCCACACCAGGCGGUGUCAGAAGAAGGCCCUAAACAUUGUCAAAGACUCCAGCCACCCGAGUCACAGACUGUUCUAUCUGCUGUCGCAUGGCAAGCGGUACCGAUGCUCCAAGUCUGGAACCAACAGGGCCUUGAACAGCUUCUACCCCCAAGCCAUAAGACCGCUAAAUACGAGUUCAAGGACUAAGAGGCAGACCGAGGCUGAAGGCCAAUGCAAGAACGUUUGUCUCUCUCUCAUAGGAGAGAUGAGUGGACUCUCCGGAAUGCCUGGGCCUCCUACCGGUUGGAGUUUAAGGAUUAAGAGGCAGAAGAAAUUCAGGAGUGCAUGCAAGAAAAACCUGGAAAUGUGUCGCUCCCGCCUAGGAGCCUUGACACCCAUGAGUCAUCCUGGGGGCAGUUGGGUAAAACACCACCAAACACCAACCAAAGAGGUUAGUUCAUCGAUUAAGAGUCGGGAGAAAGUCAAGAGCCAAAGUCAGCCAGUAAAAGCCAUGAAUCUGUCACUCCCGCUUAGGAGAGGAGCGCUCCUUCCAUUCACCUCCCCAUUGGUGGUCCAGGACUUAAAGGCAGGAGAGGCAGAAGAAAGCCAAGAACAAGAACAAACAAGAACAUACCACAAAGUGGGUGGUGUCGCAAUUGGCUUGGGUUCCAUCUUGAAGGCAGCCCAAUAGCUGCUGAAGACAUAAUCAUCUAUUCGCUACUGGAUUAUCAAUACCAAUAAUAACUACAGUGUAUGUUGGUAUUUUAUUUCUCUGUAUACAUUUAGACUGCAAAACUAUGUAAAAAGGUCUUUGCAAAUGAAAUUGACUGUUGUUAUUAUUGUAUUACUAUAAUCAUUAGUAGUAGUUGUCAUGGUCGCCUCUGUAUGUUACAAAAUCACAUAUUAAACCAAACCAACAGCCAGGGAAGCCAAGAUCAACUCCCUCUUGUCUGACAAGCUGUUCCAAUAAGAAAGUAUAUUACUCAAUCUAAUGGAGGCUCCUCAGAUGAGGAAGGAGGGGACCAUCCUCCUCAGUGAAUUUCAUAAAAAUAAAAUUGGUGAAACAUUUAAAAAGUGAUACUUGUUUUUUAGGUACAACUAUACUAAAUAUAUUCACAUCACCAAAUAAUUGAUUAAAACACACUGUUUAGAAAUGAAGGUCUACAGUAGCCAAUAGCACUCUGUAGGGUUGCACCAUGGUGUUGCUGGAGGACAACUAGUUUCCUCCUCUGGAUACGUUGACUUCGAUACAAAACCUAGGAGGCUCAUGGUUCUUAACCCUUCGCAUAGACUUCCACAUUAAUUAUGAGAACUUUCGGAGGGAAAUCCUCCAACCUAUCAGAGCUCUUGUAGCAUGAACUGACAUGUUGUCCACCCAAACAAAGGAUCAGAGAAUUAAUCUAGUACUGAAAGCAUAAGCUACAGCUAGCUAACACUGCAGUGCAUAAAAUGUGUUGAGUAGUUGACUCAGAAAGAGAAAGACAAUAGUUCAACAGUUUUGAACAAAUCAUUUUCUUCAAAAAUUAAGAAGCAAAAGAGGGAGCGAGAGAGAGCUGGCUAAACUUCAUAGUGUUUUUUUCCACUUACUUAGCUAGCGAAUGCAGCUAGUUAGUUUAGCCUACUCAAACACCCGGCUCAAACAGAAAGGAAUGCUAUGUUAGCUAGCUGGCUAUGGCUAUCCAACACUGGAUCUCUUCCAAGUCAAGGUAAGCUUUUUUUUUUUUUCAUGCUGUUUGUAUAUGGCUGCUAUGAAAUGGAACUGUGUUUGCGUGUGAUCAGGGUGUAUUCAUUCCACCGAUUCUGUUGAAAAACUUUUCUUAAAUGGAAACAAAUGGAACGAAGCGUGGAUAAACAUACCUGAAACUAUACAAUAGAAACUCUUGUUUGCAACUGUUAGACAAAUGAUUACACCCUAGAUCAGCUAGAUGCAGCCAAGAGUGUGCAAGGCGGUAUUGAAUGUGUCUGUCACCUUGAUUACAAUUUUUUUUUAUCUCGCCCUGUGCACCUACGUUGUAAGCUUUAAUUCAUAGGCUAGGUUGUAGCAACCUCAUGAUGGGUACAGGGUAAAUUAAAGUAUCAUGUAGUAGCCUAUACCUAUCGAUGUUACAUUGAACUGGGUGAAUGGAACAUGAAUGAGCCAUCCAAUAUGCUGUAAUAUAAAUAAGGCCAUGCUCAUAAAAAAUAUAUAAUCCUUCCUCAUUUUAAAUGGCACCCACCGCCACUGACUCACAGUUUGCUGUAACAUGGAAUCCUCCCAAAGCCCCCUUUCCUAAUACAGUCCAUACCUCCUCCCUCUUGUUCAUACACAGUUAAAAAAUUGCCCUGUCUCUCUCUGUGUGUGUGUGUGUGUGUGUGUGUGUGUGUGUGUGUGUGUGUGUGUGUGUGUGUGUGUGUGUGUGUGUGUGUGUGUGUGUGUGUGUGUGUGUGUGUGUGUGUGUGUGUGUGUGUGUGUGUGUGUGUGUGUGUGUGUGUGUGUGUGUGUGUGUGUGUGUGUGUGUGUGUUAUUGUUGGAAUUCCUCAGUGUUCCCUCUCUACAUCUGGUAAUCAUUAGCCAUGUCAGUAUAUAAAGAGGAUGUUGUGCGUAGUCAGGAUCCAGUGUAUCAGCAUGGAGCAGGCUGUGUGGCUGCUGUGUGUCCUGUUUCUGCAGGUCUGUCUGCUCUCCACCACGGCCCUCCCUGGACAAGACAGACGGACAGCAGCUUUUCAAACCAACCAAGCCAUGGGAGGCUCUUCCCCAUUCCUCCCAGGACCUCCACCUCAGGUAGACAUGAAGCCACUGGUUGUGCAGCUCAGAGCAAAGGGACAUGAGGAGGGGUUCCCCGACCGAAACAGGAGUUCCAGGACUAAGAGGCAUGAGAGUACUAAGGGCAGACGCAAAAGACCCUAUCAUCCUGGAGCCUUGGCUGCAUUUUCCGAACUAGCUGUUCCUCCUUACAGAUCCUCAGCAUAGAAGAAGACGGUACUGAGACACAGGACAGGCCAUGGAGAGAAACCAACCGCUGAAACUUGCUUUAUUUUGGGUCAUAAGUGAAAUAAGCAUGAAAAAAACAUGUCGUAUCGACAGUAAAACACUCAGUCCUGCUUUAUUUGAAGUGCAUCUUGAGAAAGCUUUUUUAAAAAUGGUCAUAUAGGCUUCAUAAGCACUGCAUAAAUAGGUCACAAAUAAUCUAACUCAUUUCAUGCUCGAUAAAAUAUUUCCAAAUAUGAUUUCUAAAUCUGAACAAAUAAAUGCAUGGUUAUGUCACACAGUUAUACCACAUUAUGAAUCUUUAUAGAACAAGAUAUAAGGUUAUAGAUGAUAUGUGAAGCAUCUAUGUGGGGCUUUAUGAAGCCUUCAUAAGAUGCAUUUCAAAUAAAGCGGGACUAAGCUUUCAUUGACUUUUUUUCCCCAGUUUUCUAGCAAUGCAAUUAUAAAUAAAACUCUACCGCGCUCUGGACUGGACUAAGCCAUUCACUCAUUUCUGAAUGUUCUGUAAGACAAAUCACAUUGGGGUCACCAAACUUGUAGGUGAUGUUAUGUUCUUGGAAUCGACUCUGUAUUUGAAUGUUAUUCCCAGCCUUAAAUCACAGUUAAAACAAAGGAAACAAAAAUGUCAAGACACGCAUUCAAUGUAUUUGCUUCAGUAGUCAAUCUUUUCACAAUUUCUCGAUAUUCUCUGUCAAAUGCUCAAUGUUACUGCAUAUUUUACCAUAGCAAACCUUUCAACAGUUGUAUAUGUCUGUUCUACUGAAUAAAAAUGUUAGGACAUGAACACAA